GAAUGUGCAUUUCAUUGCUCUGCAGUCUAAAUUACAUCGUGUUCUCUAUCCAAUGGCCUCUUCAUUAAAAAAUCUGGUCACAGAAAACGCAGAAAAAUCCUUCAACACGGACGAUGACAUUGUGAUUUUGGAGGUUCGAUCACCUGAUGUGGAUUUGCAAGUGAAUAACACAGACUUGCAAGUUCCAGAAAUCUAUGCGUGGAAGUUGCAGGCUUCUGACAUGCCCCUCUCACAGACACCUGAAAUAAUAAAGAUCCAUGUACAUCGACAUAGGCUAAUGGAGCACUCUACAUACUUCCAAUCUUUGUUCGGCGGAAGUUUCAAAGAAUCCUCAUCAGAUUAUAUUGUAAUUCAGUGGGACUUGCCAACCUUUGUUGCGCUUCUACAGUUUAUUUAUGGUGUUGCGUUGAAUCUGUCAUUCACUAAUUUUGUGCCACUCUUGGAGGGAGCACUCUUCUUUGGAGUGAAUAAUGUUAUCAUGGAAUGCAAAAACUGGUCCAUUCAAAAUUUAAGUUCUAAGAAAACUAAGUUUUCUGAAGUGUUUUUGAGGCAACUAAUUGAUGUUUGGAAUUUUGGAGCUGACAAUGGUAUUCAUUUCAUUUUGGAGCUCUACACAGAUUUCUUUGCAAUGAAUUUUGCUGCAGUUCUACAGUACAAUUCUUUUGUAGCUCUUCCUUAUGCAUUGUUGAAUGCAUGCAUCAGUCAUCCUUUAUUGACGGUUGACAGUGAAAGACAGCUAUGUGAAGCUAUUCUUAAUUGGUUGGCAAGCAACAAACAAUGCUCAGAAUUCAACUCCCAUGAAACAUUAGAUAAUUGUUUUCAAAUCCUUGAAAAGGUUCGAGUUGGUCUUCUCCCCUUGGAGUUUAUUCUAGGUCGGUUAUGGAGAGAUUAUCCUUCUAUGGUGACAGCUCUUCAAGCAUCUGUUAUGUUUGAUCAAAUAUCACAUAACUAUUCUGACAUCCAAUUUGAGGAUCUUGAGCUAUUCAGACUUCGACUGACUCAAUACUCUGAGAAACUAGACCUUGCAGGAUGUCAGCAAGUUACUGGGAAAAUAUUAUUUUUCUCUUCACUGCGUACGGGAAUGGUGGAUACAAGGUCAUCUUCUUUGGUUUCCUCGGAGGCACUCAAGAGGCUUGUGGGUACGAGACAAACUUUUGAAGGAGUACGAUGGCCAGUUCUACAGCAGUCACAUUUGGUAACAUCAUUAAGUAACUUGCAAGAAGUGAAUAUUUCACACUGUUGGAGAUUUCAGGAGGAUGACAUCAUUGAUUGGUUACAGCUAUUGUCACCAUCUGUAAGAAUUUUUAAAUCUAAAUGCUGUUCCCAGUUAAAAGUGAGCAUAUUGGACAAACUAUCGCAAGCAUGCCCUUUAAUUGAAGAAGUCGACUUGUCUGUGGACAUAAGCCCUGUAGCUGCCUGUAAAGUCUCUGUUUUGCAUGUCAGCUGUGAAGCAUAUCCAAGCCAUCGGUCUUCUGCAAACUGGGUUUUAUUACACAAACCGAUAUCAUGUAACUUGACCAGACUCUCACUGAAAGGUCGUACAGAUAUAAGAGAUAAUGAUUUGAUGACGAUUGCAGCACUAUCUCAUUUGAUCUCUGUAUUGAAUAUUGAUGGAUGCACUUCCUUGACAGACCGCGGUAUUAGUUGUUUUCUUAGUUCAUGCACACAGCUACAUUCAUUACAUGCAGCAUUGACUUCCUUUGGGCAACAUUCAAUCACAGCACUUUUAUCAAUUUCUAGUAAUAACGACAACCCUAUUAUGCUGGAGCAUGACUUUAGCUUGAGCUUGCAUUCAUCUUCUUCUCUUGUAGAGCUGGAUCUAGGGGGUUGUAAUGAUAUAGAUCAAGCCUUUCUAAUCAAUUACAUGGCAUGCGCAAGCUCACUUUCUUGUUUGUCUUUGCGGCACACAAACCUUGGUGAUGAACCUCUUUAUGCUUUCAAGGGAAAUUCAUUGAAGGAGCUUGAUAUCUGCGAGACAUCGGCAAGUAUCCAAAGACACAAAUCAUUCAUAUGA